UCCACAUGAGGGGAGGAACCCUUCCCGGGACUUUGGCCGGCGUCGAGGCUAGAUCCAGCUGAGCACGGAGCAUAGGAAAUACUGCUCUGCUUCUGAGAAAAAAAAACAGAGCUUCUGGCCCCUGCUGCCCAGCCCCUCACGAAGAUGUUCCCUGGAGCCUGGCUGUGCUGGGCCUCACUCCUGCUCCUGGCCAGGCCCACCCAGCCUUGCCCUAUGGGCUGUGACUGCUUCGACAGAGAGGUAUUCUGCUCAGAUGAGCAGCUGGCCACCAUCCCCCUGGACAUCCCCUCACACGUCACAGACAUUGUCUUUGUGGAGACUGCCUUCACCACGGUGGGGACCAGAGCUUUCAGCAGCAGCCGCAACCUGACCAAGGUGGUCUUCCUCAACACUCAGGUCUGUCACCUGGAGCCCGAUGCCUUUGGGGGGCUGCCCUGGCUGGAGGACCUGGAGAUCACAGGCAGCCCCUUCUACAAUGUCAGUGCUGACGUCUUUUCUAACCUGGGCUCACUGGAGAAGCUCACCUUGGGCUUCGACAGGCUGGUGGCUCUGCCCGAGGACCUCUUCCAAAACAUGGACAACCUGGAGUCCCUUCAGCUUCAGGGAAACCAGCUCCAGACCCUGCCUGGGAGACUGUUCCAGUCCCUGAGGUAUCUAAGAAUCCUCAACCUGGAGCAGAACCUUCUGAGCAAUCUCCCCGAGGGGCUGUUCCAGUCACUCAGCCUGCAGACACUGAAGCUGAGUAACAACAAGCUUACCAGGCUCCCCGAGGGCUUGCUGGGCGAUCUGGGCAGCCUGCAGGAGCUCUUUCUGGACGGCAAUGACAUCACAGAGCUGCCCCCACACGCGUUCUCACGGCUUUCCAGCCUGGAGAAGCUGUGGCUUCAGCACAACGCCAUCAGCCAGCUGCCGGUCUCCGUCUUCUCCUCUCUGCACAACCUGACCUUUCUAAACAUGCGGGGCAACGCGCUGCAGACCCUGCCGGCCGACCUCUUCGCCCACAACCCAGGGCUGCUCCACCUGUCCCUGUCCUACAACCAGCUGGAGACCAUCGCCGAGGGUACCUUUGCCAACCUGUCCCGCCUCGCUUCCCUCACGCUUGCCCACAAUGCCAUCACCCACCUCCCCGAGGAUGUCUUCAGGGACCUCGGGCGGUUGGUCAACCUCUUUCUGAACAGCAACAACAUGACGGACUUGCCUCCAGGCCUCUUUCAGAACCUGUCCAGGCUGGAGGUGCUCAGCUUGUCUAAGAACCAGCUGACCGUGGUCCCCGAGGGCAUCUUCGACACCAACUAUGACCUCUUCAACCUGUCCUUGUUCGGCAACCCCUGGCAGUGUGACUGUCACCUAGCCUACCUUGCCAGCUGGCUCCGCCUCUACAGUGACCAGCUUUUCAACACCCGCACCUACUGCGCUGGCCCAGCCUACCUCAAGGGCCAGUUGGUGCCCAGCUUGAGACAGGAACAGCUAGUGUGCUCUGUCAUCCCGGGCCACUUGGGCUUCCCAGCCCUGGGGGCGCUGGGUGACAGCGAGCCAGUGGGCAGCUGGGAUCUGGCAGGGGAGGGGAGGGCGGCCCACAGUCAGUGUACCUACCGCAACCCCGAGGGCACCGUGGUGCUUGCCUGUCAGGAGGCUCAGUGUCGCUGGCUGAGCGUCCAGUUGUCUUCCAGGGAAGGCUCGGACUCCCCAGCAAUGGCCUACAACUCCAGUCGGGAGUGGGAGUUGAGGUCAGCCUGUGGCUCCUUGAGGGUCACUGUGGCUAUCGAGGCUCAGGCUGCUGGGCCCUAGGUGCAGCAGAGAGAUUCAGAAGCGUGGGCAAAUGGGUGACUUUUGGGGGGGGGGCAGAGGGAGCUGAGUGUCCGAAGCUAAGAUAAGGGACACGGCCACGUCUCCAGAGUAGGGAGGAGUGAGGCCUGCUUCACGUAGCGUCUCCUCAUCCUUCCUCACUGUGACCCCUUGGAGCCUGUGACCUAACAAGGUCAUCCUCAAACCUAGAGUGGUGGAUCUCAGCCUUCCUCACGCUGUAACCCUUUAGUACAGUUCCUCAUGUUGCGGUGACCCCCUCUAGCUAUACAAUUAUUUUCAUUGCUACUUCCUAACGGUAAUUUUGCUGCUGCAAUGAAUCGUAAGUGUAAAUAUAUCUUGGAGAUGGAGGGUUGGCAAAGGGGUCAUGACCCACAGGUUGAGAACCACUGCUAGAGCCUAAAUCAUCCCCAGCCAGAGUGUUUUCCUAUUAUCUAACCCCACCCCACUCCCUGCCUGGAGCUCUAGCCUUGAGGCAUGCUCACCACUACUGUAGUUACACAAAGUAGAGGCCACAUCCCUUUGAUAGAUCAGAAGCCAUCUGUCUGUUCUCACUUCUUGCCCCCAAUUUUGUUUUCAAGGGAUAGAGAGGAAAGGGAUAUUAGAGGCGCUGGAGUGACGAGAAAAGGGCAGGACAGGGUUGUGUGGGGAGAUGGUACUGUCCUGGCCACCUCUCAAGCUGCAUCCAGGAGGAAUCAAGGCAAGAUGGUACCUUAGGCAGGCAGAGCCGGCCUGCGUGGCUCUCAGGAAGGCAGUGUGGCUUUCCCUGUUCAGCACACAAGAUGGCCGUUUGUUGUGGAUAUUGCUCUGUAUGCUGUGAAUGUGUUGCUCUGAUUUGGUUGAUAAGUGGAAUGCUGAUUGGCCAGUAGCUAGGCAGGAAGUAUAGUAUAGGCAGGAUAAGCAGAGAGGAGAAUUCUGG